AUGCCCGAGCCUACUUGUUCCAAAGAUCGCCGGCUCCUCAGCACCUGGAAUCAGGUUGCGCCGCGAGCUUACAUCCGGAAAGGCUACUGUUUCCCAUAUCACAACAAUACAGAUCUCGAAGCACUUGAAACGCACCUGAGCUCCGCUCUUCGUCAACUGGCGAGACAUUUCCCCCAACUUUCAGGCCGACUAUCGCUCGUAUCGAAGCCGGCUGGACAUGUCUAUAUCGACUCGGAUGGCCCUGCCGAGAUUCCGCUUCAGGUGGUUGAUCAUCGAGCUACUUUCAGCUGGACCUACGACCAGCUCAAGACCAAAGGCUUCCCAGCGAGAGCUUUUGUCGACAAGUCCUUCGACCUUCCAUAUCAGCUUCUUCAAGACAAAGAGGGAGUUCCAGUCUGUGAGGUCCAUGCCAGAGUGAUCGAGGGUGGAUUGCUCUUAUGCAUCUAUUGCCACCACUCUGUCUGUGAUGGCAGCAACAUGGACAAUUACAUAAGGUCAUUUGCCGAUCUAACAAGGGACUCAACACAGGCUCUCAAUAACCGACAUCCUUCCGAUAUCCACGUGAACCUGCCAGACGAGGUCACCAAUAGGUCUUAUGGCAACCCAAACCCCAACACGUUUAAUGAGCUCAUCAACCUGUGUCCUGAGUAUUGUCAUCUGCCGGCUCCCACAGGCCCGACUCAAUUCCGCACCCAACCGACAGGGAUACCAAUCGAGGACAUCCAGAAGACCGGCUGCAUCUUUGCUUUUGGACUCUACCAGAUGAAGAAUCUCAAGGGACAAAUCGCAGUGAUGCAGGGAGCUUACUUUGGUGAACACGGCCCCUCAACAUUCAUCUGUCUUGCUGCAAUUACUUUUGCCCACGUUACGAAGGCACGUCUAAACACCGGCAAAGACUUCAUCUCGUCAUCGGCAAAAGCGAGACCUAUUCCCGAGAAGGUCCGCCUGCAGGUCGCAGUCAAUUGGCGACACCGCUGCUUCUCCGACAUCAUGAGCUCUAGUGCUAGCAACACUAUUGCCCUCCCGAUCACCUCCAUUGACACUGCGACUGUUCUGGCUGCAUGUACCGGCGAUCGGACCACCGCCACCCCAGCGCUUGCCGCUAUAGCCCGAGCCCUCAAUGCGUCCAUCAACAGCGUCGACGAGCAAUUCAUUGCCCUGCGCACGGCUCUCAUCCAUGCGGCCCCCGACCCGCGGUACAUCGGAACCAACUACGAUCCUCGCGACCCCAGUGCCUUUUACUUCAACACCUGGCGCCACCACGGCCCUCCUAUGGCCUGGAAGAUGCCGGGCCUGCCGGAAGGUGAGGAAGGCGCCGACGGCGUUGCCGCUGAUGCGAUCCGUAGGGCGACGGGCGAGUGGAACAUGAUGGGAGCGGCUUUGCUGCUGCCCAGCGCGAGGGAUAAGAGCGACUUCGAGGUUCUCGUGACCCUUGACACAGAGUCAAUGGCACUUCUGUGUGCGGAUCCAAGCUGGAAGACUUGGGUGAAGCGGAUCAUCGAAUGA